AUGAUGGAUGAAGAGAGAACGAGUGGCACAGGUGGCGGCGUCAUAGGGAGGUGGGCUGGUAUAUAUACACUGGGCGAUAUUUGGGGAGAGGGCGACGCACGACUGAUCAUAGUAGUUACCGACGCCGCCACCGGGGAAGCAGGCAGUUGGCAUGUACUCGAGCGGGGUAAAGCGAGAUGGGCAGCGCGACGACUUGGCCCCAUGCACUCGGCCCAUACCAGGCUUGAACAAGCAUCUACCUUGUGGACUUGGCGAGAGGGAUGUUCCAGGAACUGGUGGAAAGGGACAAUGAUUGGCCUCGAGGACCCCAGCAUGUCGGUAUCCAGCCAGUCACUCCCUAAACGCACUCGUCGUCGGCGUGCAGCUCGCGACCUUGUUUGGGCCACCAACCACACCACACUUGCCUCGACACGCACACCUGGCACACCACCCUCACGCCAACGCACGACAAACCAUCUUAAAAAAACGGUCGCACUAGCACACGCAACGUGCGAACAGCUUCACAAACUCCCAUCACACAUCCGAAUUCUCCCCGUCCCUCUGCCCGUUUUAUACCCUCCGCUGAUGGCCUCGUUUGCUGAUGGAAUCCUCCUACGGCAAACAGUCACGCAACCACCUGCCCCGCCCCCGGACUUGGAGCGGAGCCACAUGGGCUUCGGGCUCAAAUCACUCGACACUGACUGGCCUUUUGGUCGCCCACUGCAACACUUUGGCCCCGGGGGCCGCUUUCAUCUGGUCUGGGCGAUGAAGGGCGGCGCCCCCUCUCGCCCCCUCACCUCCUCACCCGCCCUCAAGUUGGCAUGGCGUGAGCUGUCUGGCUGCCUGUGCAACGAACCCCAAAGCUCCAACGUCUUGCUUCCAUUAAAAUUGACUCCAAAAAUAUACAAAGAUAUUCAGGUACCAAACCUGGGUUCCCAGUCCUCGCUCAACUCUCAUGGUGGCUGCGUGCUGAAUGUCGCGACAAACGAGUCCAACAAACGGGCUUAUGAAUUUGACAACAGCAUCUGGUCAACUGCGAAUAAACCACGUCACGACAGCCUCCUGCGACAGAACUACGACGAGUACGAUGAGCGCGAUGGAUAUAAGAAAUAUAACAAAUACAAUAAAUGCGAGGACUAUAAAACCAAUGCUGUUGUCGCUCAACGCAAGCAAACAGCCAAAAAGACUGCGAGCAACUUUUGCUUCUUUCUUCGCUUGACAUCUUUUACGCCAGACAUUAGUUCAAUUCCGGCUAUAUCCAACGCACGACGCCAUGAAAUUGAAACUGCUACUCGCCUCGUUGCUUCUCGGCCCCCAUCACCGACCGAUUGGGCAAGCCAGCUGAGCGGUGUGCCACACAACCGCAUCCCACCGGCGCUGGGUGGAAAGGAUUGUAUGCGAGUAGGCACAGUUGGCGUGUCUAUCUGCUUUACCCAAGCCUGUCCCAGCCAGUCCAUCACCCGCAUCGGACAAAACUCCGCCUUGCCGACUCAACCUAGCUAUACUUCGACUAAAGUCGUCAUCUUGAGCUGCUAUACCUCGAUCCUCUGUGCCGAUAAUCUAACCUAUUCUAGGAACUGGAAUCGCAUGUUUGUAAAUUACGCAUAA